AUGACUAAACGUGUUGAAAAGGGAAUAUUAGAAGAUCGUUUUUUAGUACACAGAACAACUUCCGAUAUUGAUGACUAUGAAGUUACACGUAUAAAAAAUUCGAAUUCACGAGAUAGUAAUCAAAACAACGAACGUCUACCACUUCUACAUUCACCAUCGAUAACAAGUAAUAUGGAAUUAUCUGACAAUCAUCAAUUAACAUCAUAUGAUACAGAUAUCGUUGAUGAAGAAUAUAUUGAUAUUGUUAAACAAGCUGAAAGAGCUAUUGACGGUGGAAUAUUACCUGUACGAAUAGCAGCUGGUUCAUCUGGCUCUUAUUUUGUUCGAAAUCUGGAAGGCAAAACUAUUGGCGUAUUUAAACCAAAAGAUGAAGAACCAUAUGGUCGUUUUAAUCCCAAAUGGACAAAAUGGUUACAUAAAACUCUUUGUCCUUGUUGUUUUGGUCGUGGUUGUCUUAUUCCUAAUCAAGGCUAUCUAUCCGAAGCUGGUGCUAGUAUAAUUGAUACUAAACUUGGUUUAAAUAUAGUUCCUAAAACUCAUGUUGUACGUUUGGCUGCUGCUUCUUUUAAUUAUCCUGCAUAUCAAAGACAUUUAAUAACAGCUAAACAUGAAAUAAAUCAAAGUGUCAGUCGUCAUAUACAUGGUAGACGAGUUUUUCGACCAAAAGGUUUACCACGAAAAAUUGGAUCAUUACAAUUAUUUGUUGAAAACUAUGUUGAUGCUGACGUGUUUCUUAAACUAAUAGGACAAAAUCCUUUGCCAGAUGAAGCUAUGAAUAAAUUUCAGAGACAAUUUGAAAAAAUGGUUGUAUUGGAUUAUAUUAUUCGAAAUACUGAUCGUAAUAAUAGUAAUUGGUUAGUUAAAUACGAUGUGAAAACCAACAACGAACGAGAUAAACUUCUUCAUGGGCUUUCUAAUCCUUUGUAUCAAUCAGAGCAACAGAUUGAUAAUAUCAACGAAAAUGAUACAUCUAAAACAGAUGAUGUUGUAAUAACAAAUGAGAUUCAUAUAGCAGCUAUUGAUAAUGGUCUUGCAUUUCCAUUUAAACAUCCUGAUGAAUGGCGUGCAUAUCCAUUUCAUUGGGCUUGGUUACAAUUCGCGAAAAUACCAUUCUCUGAAGAAAUUAAAUCUCUUAUUUUACCAUCUUUAUCUGAUAUGAAUUAUGUUCAACAUGAAAUCUGUGAUGACAUUCAACGUUUAUUUUCUCAAGAUAAAAAUUAUGAUCGUCGUUUAGUCGAACGACAGUUAUCUGUAAUACGUGGACAGAUAUUAAAUUUAGCUCAGGCUAUGCGUGAUGGUAAAUCGCCAUUUCAAUUAGUACAAAUGCCAGGUGUUGUUGUUGAACGUCAAUAUGCGGAUAUUACACCUGAGCGCAAACAUUUCAAACAAAAAUUUCAUGAUCGUUAUCCGAUAUUUUCUUGUUGUUAA